GCAGUUUUAUGACAAAUCCUGAGUCUUGCUUUACUGUGAACAGCUAUACAGGAGAAAAUCAUGGGGAAUAUGCAUCAGCACAGCACCUAGCAAAACAGUUUGUAGACAGGACAGCUCAAAAGUCUCAGUUAUUGAAACACACGAGAACCCAUGCAGGAGAGAAACCCUACAAAUGUGACCAGUGUGACUAUUCUGCAGCACGGAAAUCCAAUUUGGACUAUCAUCUAGUAAAACACACAGGUAAGAAACCCAACAUAUGUGGGGAGUGUGGGUACAGGACAGCCCAAAAGUCUGACUUAUCCAAACAUAUGAGAACCCAUACAGGAGAAAAACCCUACAAGUGUGACCAGUGUGACUAUUCUGCAGCACGGAAAUCCCACUUGGACUAUCAUCUAGUAAAACACACCGGUAAGACACCCUACAUGUGUGGGGAGUGUGGAUACAGGGCAGCUCAAAAGUCUUCCUUGUCCAAACAUAUGAGAACCCAUACAGGAGAAAGACCCUACAAAUGUGAUCAGUGUGACUAUUCUGCAGUACAGAAAUCCAGUUUGGACAUUCAUCGAACAAUACACACUGGUGAGAAACAGUACAUAUGUGGGGAGUGUGGAUACAGAUCAGCUCAAAAGUCUGACUUAUCUAGACAUAUGAGAGUCCAUACAGGAGAAAAACCCUACAAGUGUGAUCAGUGUGACUAUUCUGCAGCACGGAAAUCUAAUUUAGACCGACAUCUAGCAAUGCACGCUGGAGAAAAACCUUAUAUGUGUGAGGAGUGUGGAUACAGAACAGCUAAAAAGUCCACCUUAUUUCUGCAUAUGAGAACACAUACAAGAGAAAAACCCUACAAGUGUGACCAGUGUGACUAUUCCGCAGCACAGAAAUUUGCUUUGGACCAACAUCUAGCAAAACACGCUGGUGACAAACCCUACAUGUGUGAGGAGUGUGGGUACAGGACAACUCAAAAGUCUGACUUAUCCAAACAUAUGAGAGUCCAUACAGGAGAAAAACCCUACACAUGUGACCAGUGUGACUAUUCUGCAGCACAGAAACCUCAUUUAGACUAUCAUCUCACAAAGCACACCGGUGAGAAACCCUACAUGUGUGGGGAGUGUGGAUACAGGGCAGCUAAAAAGUCUCUCUUAUCCCGACAUAUGCGAGCCCAUACAGGAGAAAAACCCUACAAGUGUGACCGGUGUAGCUAUUCUACCGCCUCUAAGUCAGCCCUUACUAAACUUAAGAAAAUUUACACAGAGGCACCAACUCUGGAACUGUUCAUCUCAUAUUGA